AAUAUCGGCAUUAGUGGAGAUCUUUUGAAGUAUAGCAGUGGACUGACAACUCAGGGGUGGACUGACAACUCAUGGGGCCCCCGGGCAAUAGGGGAUCAUGGGGCCCCUGUGUCAUUGCCCAAACUCAAAAAAGCCUAUGAAAAAAGGUACCAGGGGCAUCUCAUGGGGCCCCCUACUGACCCCGGGCCCUCGGGUAGUGCCCGAGUUUCCAAAUGGUCAGUCCGCCCCUGGUAGUAGUUAAC